CCAGAGUGAAAAAGACGGAGAAAUUGCUCAGACAGAAACUUCAGAUUGAGGAGGAGGUUGUGAGUCUCGAUACCCUAAAAGAGACAGGAAACCACCAUUGUACCUCUCCGAUUAUGUAUCUGCUUCCAUGGUGACUGAAGUGAGCAGCGUGUUUAUUCCUCUGUCGAUAAGAUAAAAUAAGUAAAGUUAUUCCUCACGAGGUGCCUGCGCCAACAGUUGGGAUAUGCCUCGGGAUCCCCCUGGAAGAGUGAGGUAGCUGGGGAGACGGAAGUCUGGGCGUUCCUUCUAAAGCUAAUGCUCCCAUGACCCGACCUCAGAUAAGCGGUGGGAAAUGAAAAGAUGGAUGGUUUACGUUACAUACUCAGGCUGCUUGACAAAUCAAGGCUACAGUCAUUGCAUAAUGUCAUCCAUGUUUAUGGGUUUGGGAGGCAACCAGAGUACCCAGAGAAAACCCAUGCAGUCGCGAGGAGAAGAUGCAAACUUCACACAGUGCCGAGCCACUGCAAGCACCACAAUGUUUUUUUUAUCUGUUCCUCAUCAUGCUCUGUGGAACUUGCCUGGCACAACAAUUCAGCUGCGCUAUGAAUCCGUCUGGACCAACGUGGUGGGCCAAAAAUAUAACACACCGCUUGAAAUAUACUUGCACAGUGGAGAAAGAAUUGUCCAGGUGUCUGGGAAACACUCCCACUAUAUCUAUCAGUUGAUCUUCGUCACCAGCAAAGGCCACCAUUUCAUUUGUGGCCAGCCGGGACAGAUUUCCUUCAACUUUUACCAAGACUUUCAGGAUGCCGAACUCCGACUCCUCAGUGGCCGCUUCAACGGGAAUGGGAUUACUGAGCUGGGAGCUCACUGGGGGGUGACAAACUCGCCGAUAAGUUCCACAAAUGCCAGUUUUACUUAAGUCAUGAUGAAUAAAAUGUAU